AUGUGGUUAAAGAAAGAUUUCAUUAUAUUUGCUACUCUAUUUUACCAUUUUUCGAUCGUUUAUAGUUGUCAUGAAACAGAAAGAUCAGCUCUGUUAAGCUUCAAAUCCUUGCUGACUGAUCCAUCUAACCGUUUAUCUUCAUGGCAAGGUGGAUAUUGUUGCAAUUGGAAAGGAAUCAAGUGCUCGAGUUCAGGUCAUGUUGUAGUUGUCAACCUUCGGAAUCCUAAUCCAGUUGAAGUCAUGAUCAAUAUCAAUAAGGAAGUUGUUACAAAUUCUAAAAACACGUCUGAGUUUUCUCUUAAAGGUAAUAUAUCUCCAUUGCUCUUUACUCUUGACCAUAUGCGACAUCUCGACCUGAGUUUCAACAACUUCAUGUACUCAAAGUUACCUGUUGAGAUAUCGAACUUAACAAAGUUGACUUAUCUCAAUCUGUCGAAUGCCAUGUUUCAAGAUUCCAUAGCCACGCAAUUCUCAAACCUUACAUCUCUAAGGUCUCUUGAUCUUUCGUGUGCUAAUUUAGUACCUGAUUUUUCUUCUGUUUCUGUUAGCUUGACAUUUCCACUGAGGUUGGAUUUUGGCUCAUUGUUUUCUUUUAUAAGCUAUGGUUAUUUGUCUAGUCCAAAUCUUAGGUGGUUACAAGGACUCCGACGUCUCAGAUAUCUAGUAUUGACUGGAGUUGAUCUAUCAAAGGCGUCCGAAUUAUUUCAUUGGGCUAAACCAAUAUCAAGCCUUUCAAAUCUCAAGUCACUUCAUUUGUCCAGCUGCAAUAUUUCAGGAAGAGUUCCUAUAGGGCAAUUACUUAACCUUACUAAUCUUGCUACUCUAGAUAUGAGUUCUAACGUUCUAACAUCCUCGAUACCUGAUCUUCUAUCGAACCUCAGUACCCUCUCGGUUCUUGAUUUUAGUAGCAAUGAUUUAGAUGGUCAUAUCUCUUACAUUCCUCAACUCAAAGAACUUUCUGUUUCUGGCAAUCCUGCUAUGACCAUAGAUCUUGUUUCAAUGUUUUCUGCUCCGUGGCCGCAGUUGACAUUUCUUGACAUAAGCUUUGUUCGUGUAGCUGGAAUGAUUCCUCCUUCUUUAAGCAACUCAUCUUCAUUAUCCUUUUUCCGAGCUGAUGGAUGUUCGAUCCAAGGGUCAAUACCUUCUUCUGUCACAAAACUUAAGAAAUUAAGUGUACUGAUGCUGAAUGACAACGAUAUCACAGGCCAACUUCCUGUAUCCAUGUCCAGUUUAGUAAGCCUUCAAUACUUAUCUAUGUCUCAGAACAGAUUAGAAGGUCACAUACCCAUUUCAAUCUGUCAAAUCGCCUCCCUCAAGUACCUGAAUUUAGAAUGGAACGAUCUAACAGGACGUCUUCCGUUGUGCAUACUUCAGCUUCCGAAACUUUCAUCUCUUUAUAUUCAGAGGAAUAGACUGAAUGGUAAUAUGCCAUUGUCUUUGUUCCGAAAGUCUAGAUUAGAUGAAAUUAGUUUAGGAACUAGUGGAUUGUCAUUGGAAAUCAAUGAUCAAGAUCAACUCUUCGUGCAAACGUUCCAGCCCAAGAUUUUGGAUUUCACAUCUUGCAACAUGAGAGGAGAAAUCCCGGAUUUCUUUUCGAAUUUUACAAGCCUCGUGGUUUUGAAUUUCGCUAACAACAGUUUAUCGGGAGCCAUACCACACUGGUUGUUCAAUCUCCCUUCCCUCUCUAUACUAUCUUUGCCUAUGAAUAACUUCAGGGGAAUUAUACCUCCAAUGAUUCAGCUGAAAUCUUCUCAUUUCCCAACAAUAGUAAAUUUAGCCAGAAACAAACUUCAAGGUCCUCUCCCUUCUCAGCUCGAGAAUGUUAACGUCAUUGAUCUGUCACUUAACAAUUUUGUAGGCUCGAUUCCAUCACGGAUAGGAGAAGUUCCCGGUAUCAGGUCCAUAUCUUUAUCCGGAAACACAAUUCAUGGUCUAAUACCUGAAUCAUUUUGCCAAGCGACUAACGUUCUCCAGGUUCUUGAUCUCUCUAAUAAUAGCUUGUCAGGCACCAUUCGACGUAAUUUGGGAAACUGCAAGUCUCUCAUUUACCUUAAUCUUGGACAAAACAAGCUCACUGGAAGUGUUCCAAAAGAAUUUGAACGCGUUACAAGCCUUCGUUACCUUGACCUGAAUGGAAAUAAGCUAGAAGGAUCUUUUCCAAAAAUGAUUGAAAACUUUCAAGAUUUGGAGAUUCUGAUCUUGGCAGGCAAUAGAUUUGAAGGACCGAUACCAAACUUCAUCGGUGAGCUACACAGCCUCCGUAUACUCGUUCUUUCAUCAAACAUUUUCAAUGAAUCUAUCCCAGAAGGGCUAAUGAAGUUGGAAAAUCUACAAUAUAUCGGUUUGUCCAGGAACAAUCUGUCCGGUCCCAUUCCUGAGAAUCUCGAUGGCAUGAAAAUGAUGACGAAAAGGAAAAAUGAGGCAACCAUCUUAGGUUAUGUUUACUCCCUCAAGUUCACUGGUGCACAGCUAGAAAUAGUCACCAAAGGACAGAUACAUUGGCUUGAAACAGUGUAUUCCUACAACACUGGAUUCGACGUCUCGAGCAAUGCUCUUACUGGUAAAAUCCCUGAAAAAAUUGGCCUUUUAAGUGGAAUCCCAUUCUUGAAUCUCUCACAUAACAAUCUUUUUGGACUGAUCCCAAAGACUAUUGGCGAUAUGAUUUCACUCGAGUCGUUGGAUCUUAGCUACAACCAUUUCAGAGGUGAAAUUCCAGUGACAUUGGCAUUGUUAGAUUUUCUCCAACAUCUCAACAUGUCCUACAACAAUUUGAGUGGACGGGUUCCAAGGAAUCCACAUUUCGACACUUUGUAUCAAGACGGAGCAGCAUAUAUCGGAAACAAAUACCUAUGUGGUACUCCUGAUGGGAUGAACUGCAGUAACAAUGGUCCCUCUAUCAUCACUGAAACUACAGAGAACGAAUACGAUCAAGAAAAUGUCCUGUUUGUUCUAGUUAUAUUUUUUGGCUAUGUAACAGGCAUUUCUGGAUUGUUUUUGCUCUUAUAUUUGAUGAAGGACAAUUGGAGGAACAAAUACUGGAGGGCAAUAGACAGAAUUGUGUUAAAAAUAGUAAAAUAG